GAGCUAUCUGGAGAUCGUGUAAGACGCGAGCGACAACAUCAAUACUACAGAACCUUCACAAACUGAAACCCGCUUUCUGGAGUACAGGGCUGCAUUAGCCGUGCUAGAUUGGGGCUAAUUGCCCGCAAUGCUAUAUCCUCUGCUUACUCAAUCGUGAGCGAAGAAAGCAUAUACAAUCGCUGCUCCUUUUGUUUAAGACCAGAGCAAGGAAGGGUCCUGAGAGAGGAGUCGUCCACGACACAGCACCACGAUGCUGACAGCUAGGCUCUGCCACCUGUGGCAGUCGAGCCUUCUGCUCAUGACGAUAGUCCUGCCUCUGCUGGCACAGGCAGGUCCAUCAGUCAAUGUUGCUCUCCAGGCGUCGUUCAAUUCGGCGCCGUACCUUUUAGAACUCCUUGAGACAGCUGCAGAAGAAAACUCGACGUCCUAUUUCCCCCUCCUUGACCGUAUCGCUGAAGGCGCGUUUGAGCACUCCGUGACCGAGAAGGAGCUCUACGAUCGUUUCUUAGACGUCUUACAGAAAGAUGGACACCUUGUAGGAUCAGAGAGCUUGUCGUCAUUCAAACUGGCCCUUUCGAUCCGAUCUGCGGCCCCCAGAAUCGAGGCUCAUUACCAGUUCUACAAUACUUCUGUCCAGCCGUCAUUGGCAGUAGCCCAAGAUGCUGCCUGUCCUGUCUGGGCGCAUUCGGACGGAAAGCAAUAUUGUUCCUCUACUCUGGAGCGUGCUCAGCAAGGCGUUGAUGGAGAGCUAGAUCCCCGCGAGUUGCCGUUUGACCGAGUGCUUGGGGACAUCUCUGCGCCGCCAUCUAUCCUCUACGCCGAUAUUACCUCGCCACUGUUCAACGAGUUUCAUCUGAAGCUGAGCGCUUUAGCGAGGGACGGUCAGAUUUCAUACCGUGUUCGCUACCGACCUCCCCAGCAUGCAGAGGCACGUCCCCUCUUCGUCUCCGGAUACGGCGUGGAGCUUGCUCUGAAGCGAACAGACUAUAUUGUCAUCGAUGAUAGGGAGGCCGAUCCGAAGGAUCAAAAGAUCUCCGCUGGCAAGAAAGCUUCUAUAGCGGGAAUAGAUGAUCUGAAAGAAGAGUCGCCGGUCGAUCUCAAGCCGCUGUCCGCCUCAGAGCUGUCAGGCUUAGGUCUGAGCGCUGCCAGUUUUAUAGUGAAUAGCGCUGAUCCAUUGGAGACUUUCCUGAAGGUCACUGAGGAUUUCCCCAAACAUUCAUCCGCAAUUGCCGCCCAUAAUGCAACGACUGAAUUCCUAAAAGAAUUCCGCUCCAAUCGUGCAGGGACUUUAUCUCUACCUUCUGGGUACAAUGUUAUGUGGAUCAACGGUGUCCAGAUGGACCCACGACAGAUUGAUGCUUUCUCGCUUCUAGAACACCUACGCAAGGAGAGAAUGUUGAUCACCCGGUUUAAGGACCUGGGUUUGUCCGCUCAGGAUGCUGUUAAUCUAUUGUGGCAUCCUGCCCUUGCUGAAGUGCAAACCACGGACGAGCCACAGCGUUAUGACUAUAGGGACAGUACUGAGGGUGGCAAUGUAAUCAUUUGGUUGAAUAAUAUCGAAAAGGACAAGAGAUAUGAAGGAUGGCCAACUGCUCUGGUAGCGCUUCUCCAACACAGCCGUCCUGGUCAACUCCCCCCAGUCCGCCGGAAUAUCCACAAUGUUGUGGUCCCCGUAGAUUUGACUGAUAUCGACGACAUGCGGCUAGUCGUAGAGACCUUACAGAUGUUCGUCAAGCGGAAGAUACCAGUCCAGUUUGGCCUCGUGCCCACUGUCAAUUCUCCAGAUGCCAUCUCUCAGCUUAAGAUCGUACAUUAUCUUCACGAUGCUUACGGUUUGGCUGCUACCCUGCAGUACUUGGAGGAGUCACUGUCAAAGAACCUAGCGUUACCAGAUAAGUCUUCUUUCCAAUCGGCUAUCAAAGAUCGGAAACUCCGCCCCGAUGCAAAAGGGCUUUCCUUUGAAGAUGUACAAGCAGACGAACUUGAAGACAUUGUCUCACGCACGACUCGUUACCUCAAGCGACUUGAUGCUCUGGACGGAAGACCACCCACUUUCGUUAACGGCGCACCCGUAGCUCGUGACGAGAAUUGGAUGCAGGGUUUGACUAUGCGCGUCAACAGGGAUCUGCAAGCCAUCUUGCAAGGUGUCUUUGAAGAGAUCUUCGAGGAAGAUGCAUGGUUGGGAGAGUAUUUCCUGUCUCAAGCAGCCGAGAGCCGAAACAAGUUGAUUAUCCCUGAAGACGCGAAAGAUAUCCGUAUAGUCGACCUUGCUUCGGUAUAUGAUAAGCACGAAGACAGCAUCAGCGACCUUCCUCGCUGGAGCUCCACCAGUGGUCAAGGUCACGCUCUGGAAAGUCUACAUGUGAUAGUCGUUGCCGAUCUGGAUACUCGCCCUGGCCUCGAUCUACUGGCUACCAUACUCAGGUUUCGAAGGUUACAUCAAGAGGCCGAAAUACUCUUCCUGCACAAUCCUUCAGCGGGCUCGCAGCCAGAUACUUCGGUCACGUUAACUAAGAUUCUGCGAGACGGUAAGAUAGACACUACGGCACUAGUAGCAGAUAUUGAAUCGGACAACCUCAAACGAGAAGUAUCCGAAACUGAGGCGGAUGAGAUAUCCAAUUAUUGGUCCGAGAAGCAGGUUCUCGCUGAAGCGCUUGGCUUUGAGCCAGGAGCGAGAGGUCUUGUCUUUAACGGCAGAGCCAUCGGUCCAAUUCCGAGUUCCGCAACAUUGGCUGCCAUGGACAUGGAGCAACUCUUGAAAUAUGAGAAGUCUAAACGCAUAGAGCCUAUUUCUAAGGCUGUCAAAUCUCUUGGUGCCGAGUCGAAGUUGUCUGAUCCGUCGAGCUUCGCCAAAGUCGUCUCGCUUGUGGCUCUGUCCUCGAUACCGGACGUUCCAGAGGGCCUCUUCGACACAGGAUCUAUCGCGCGUCUCAACGUGUUCACGAAGUGGGAAGGCACUCAUACUGCUAUAACAACUUCAACCUCUGAGGACGCGUUGAUAAAUAUAGUCGCUACUAUCGAUCCCACUUCUGAGACCGCUCAGAGAUGGGUCCCGAUUCUCAAUGUUCUCUCAAAGAUGGGCGGAGUGGAUAUGAAGAUAUUCCUGAACCCUAGGGAGCAGAUUCAGGAGAUCCCAAUCAAGCGCUUCUAUCGUCACGUUCUAGAAGCGGAACCUUCAUUCAACAGUGAUGGGUCUCUGGCGCGACCUGGAGCAUCAUUCUCUGGCCUGCCCGUCGAAGCUCUGCUAACUUUAGGCAUGGACGUUCCCGCUCCCUGGUUGGUGGCGCCUAAGGAGUCUAUCCACGAUCUAGACAACAUCAAGCUGAGCUCAGUCAAGGACGGCUCGGAUGUGAAUGCCAUCUAUGAGCUCAAGCACAUCUUGAUCGAGGGUCAUUCUCGCGAUACGACUACCCUCUCUCCCCCGAGAGGUGUUCAGCUUCUUUUGGGAACAAAGAAUAACCCUUAUUUUGCCGAUACCAUAAUUAUGGCCAAUCUUGGUUACUUCCAAUUCAAAUCUCAGCCAGGAUUGUGGAAUAUCGAGCUUAAACCCGGACGCAGCCAGCGCAUUUUCAACCUCGACAGUGUUGGGAGUCUGGGAUACACUCCCCAGCCUGGUGAUGACAAUAACGAAGUUGCCUUGCUAUCUUUCCGCGGCAAGACCCUCUUCCCUAGACUGUCUCGCAAGCCGGGUCACGAGGAUGAUGAAGUCCUUGACAUCGGUCCAGCUCCCGGGUCUGCCAUGGAUUAUGUCUCCAAAGGCUUCAACUUCGCAUCUAGUGUUCUAUCCAGCGUUGGAGUGAAAAGCGGCUCGACGGAAAAGCAUGCGGACAUCAACAUCUUCUCCGUUGCAAGCGGCCACCUUUACGAACGAAUGCUGAAUAUCAUGAUGGUCUCCGUGAUGCGGCACACCAAACAUACAGUCAAAUUCUGGUUCAUUGAACAGUUCCUGUCUCCGUCCUUCAAAUCUUUCCUUCCCCACCUGGCAGAGGAAUAUGGCUUCUCUUAUGAGAUGGUUGCUUACAAAUGGCCGCAUUGGCUACGAGGCCAGAGAGAGAAGCAACGGGAGAUUUGGGGCUAUAAGAUCCUUUUCCUUGAUGUACUCUUCCCUCUCUCCCUAGACAAGGUGAUCUUCGUGGAUGCAGACCAGAUCGUCCGCACUGACAUGUAUGACCUCGUUACUCUUGAUCUGGAAGGGGCGCCUUAUGGCUUCACCCCGAUGUGCGACUCCCGCGAAUCCAUGGAGGGUUUCCGAUUCUGGAAACAAGGCUACUGGAAGACCUUCCUUCGCGGCCAACCUUACCACAUCUCCGCCCUCUACGUCGUCGACCUGAACCGUUUCCGCGCUCUCGCAGCCGGAGACCGUCUUCGUGGCCAGUAUCAAGCUCUUUCCGCUGAUCCAAACAGUCUGAGCAAUCUCGACCAAGACCUGCCGAACAACAUGCAGCAUCACAUCCCGAUCAAGAGCCUCCCGCAAGAAUGGCUGUGGUGCGAGACAUGGUGCUCUGACGAGUCUCAGGCGCAAGCCAGGACCAUUGACCUGUGCAACAACCCGAUGACCAAGGAGCCUAAACUAGACCGUGCCAGACGCCAAGUACCCGAAUGGACGGAGUACGACGAGGAGGUGGCCUCACUGGCUAAGAGAAUCGCAGCUGAGAAGGAAAAAGAGCAAGCUUCCCGUGAUGAAACACGGCCUGAAAACGAGGACGAGGACGAGGACGAGGACGAAGCAGCUUGGAAGAAAGAUGAAUUAUAGAAAUCUCGUUUAAGACUCACCGACCAUUGUUAUGUCCAGAGUGAAAUUGCUCUUGUUUUUUUCCAUGAUGUAUCAUUCUGGAUAUAGAAUGACUGUUUAGCGUUUAGACGUAUUUAUAUAGAAGCGUCAUUUUUUAGGAGCUCAUGAAAAAUAAGAAAGAUUUCAAGUCAAAAAUAAUUCACAAGGGAGCUAGAUAUGUAGGGUAUCUCAAAGCUAUCAUUUCCCAAACAAUACACAGCAAUCAUUACAAUGCAGAAAAAGAUGACCAUCCCAGCUUU